AUGGUGAGUACGGACAGUAGGGAUGGCCUGGGGACACAUCGCCCAUCCUCCACAAAAUCCUCCCUGUCGAUCAUCUCUGCCAAAGCCAGAGGUUCCCAGAGUGAUUUUAUGAAUUCUCUGCCAGGCACUCCAGUCCCCAGUGAGUGGCCUGUUGAAAGUUAUUGUCCUAUCAUUAUGAGUUCGGUCAUUGAAAUGAGUGACUCCUCAACUCAUUCCGAAGUGUCAACAAACGAUAUAAGGAAAACUAUCUCUGCCAUAGUUGACACUGUUAUGGAGGUCAUUCCAAGAGAAGAUCCUGAACACGUAGACACAGCAGAGGAUGUCACUUCUCUUAUAAGAAGACUUGCGAGUCUCAGCUCCAGGGAGGGUCUUCACAACUUCUCAUAUGAGCUCAAAGUUUAUGAGCUCAUAAAGAGACAAAACAGCCCCCAGGUUAUUUUUGUGCCAGCCAGCAAAAGCGUGUCUGACUCGAUUCUUUUGAAGCUGAAGACAGGAUUGGAUACUUCUGAAGAAUCCAGGGAGUUUCCAUCUGAGCUUGUGUACUCCUUUGCUAAGGAGUCAAUAAAACAUCUACUACAGAAGAUUAUCAUCUGGCUUCCUCCACCAUCUCAAGUAUCAGAUUUCUGCCAAACUAUCAUCUCUGAUGGUUCUCUGUAGGACACAAGUGUGCUUAUCCAGAGCAGUUCUGCCAUCUCCAUUAGAACCUCACAGGUUUACUGUUACACAGAGAGCCUGUUCACCAAUAUAAUGGUCAAUCAAGUCAUGGAUACCUGGUCUGUGGCAUCCGAUUCAUCAGAGGAAUUAGCAGAGCUGAUUAACAGAAUCAAUGGAUCUUCCUCAACUGAUGCUGGAACACCUGACUCUGGAAGACAGGCUCACAUGACCAACAGGAGUCGGUCUAGUGAAAAAUCAUUGCCUAGGCCCUCUCUGUCUGGCAGCAGCACACCCAACUGUGGAACUUUGGAUUUUGAAGUUUUAGGAGAAGUGGAAUCCAAGAUGGAUGACAAAGAUGUGAAGAUGUCUAGUGUCUCUGUGCAAUCAUCAACUCAUCAACAAACCAGCCAUGGACUCUGCCACAAAUAUGACUUCAAGCAGCCGAGACAAUGCCAGUGAUACAUCUUCCCCAAAUCUGCCAUUUGACUCCACUAGCAAUGACUACUCCUCUUUGAUCAUUUUACUGAUUGUUAGACUGCUGUCAACGUUCUGCCCAGUCACAUUACUAGAAUCCUCUGACAUUAGUGAAACAUCAAGAGUUCUCAUAAAUAGGAUUCUGUCAGAGUUCUGUGGCACCCCAGGCCUUGAACCAACUCAAGUCUAUCCCCAGAAUCUGAAAAUCUAA